AUGCUAUUCAUUAAGGAUUUGUUCAAGUUCCCCUUGAUUAGCCCAAUGAGCUUCUUAGCCAGUAUGUGCGCUGAAGUACAAAGAAAACCAGACUCCAUAGUAACCCAAGCCUGUCAAAAUGAUGUAACCACGGCAGGAAGCUCAAAAGGAACCAAAAGUCCUUGGGCGUCUCCCUCUCAGGAGCCAGUAAAUGGUAUCGUACAGCCGCGUGUAGUUCCUCCUGUCGAAAAGCCUACUCGGCACACGAAUCAGUUGGAUUACAUGCUCAGUACGGUUCUCAGAGAUUUGGAUUACUUGCUCAGUACAGUUCUCAGAGAUGUCAUGAAGCACAAGCAUGCUUGGCCUUUCGUCACUCCUGUCGACGCUGUCAAGUUGAAUUUACCGGAUUACCACAAAGUGAUUCACCGUCCUAUGGAUUUGGGGACCAUAAAAAUGCGACUAAAAAACACCUACUACUACUCUGCAAAAGACUGCAUGGAG